AUGUGUGGUAUUUUCGCUGCCUUCAGACAUGAAAAUGUCCAAGAAUUUAAACCAAGAGCAUUACAACUAUCUAAGAGAAUUAGACACAGAGGUCCAGAUUGGUCCGGUAACGUUAUUAAGAACACUACUAUCUUAGCUCAUGAAAGAUUAGCUAUUGUUGGUCUAGAUUCUGGUGCUCAACCAAUUACUUCUCCAUGUGGUAACUAUAUCUUAUCUGUUAACGCCGAAAUUUACAACCAUAUUCAAAUCAGAGAACAAUUUCCAGAUUAUGGCUUCAAAACCUUAUCUGAUUGUGAACCUAUUAUUCCUUUAUACAUGAAGUAUGGUACUGAAGCUCCAAAACAUUUAGAUGGUAUGUUUGCUUGGUGUUUAUAUGAUGCUAAGAAAGAUAGAAUUGUUGCCGCUAGAGAUCCAAUCGGUAUUACUACCAUGUACAUGGGUAGAUCUUCUAUCUCUCCAAAGACUGUCUUUUUUGCAUCUGAACUAAAAUGUCUAACUGAUGAUUGUGAUGACAUUAUUGCUUUCCCACCAGGUCACGUCUAUGAUUCCGAAACUGAUAAGAUUACUCGUUAUUUCAACCCAGAUUGGAUCGAUGAAGAAAGAAUCGCUUCUCAACCAUUAGAUCUAAUGGCUAUUAGAACUACUUUAGAAACUGCCGUUAGAAAGAGACUGAUGGCUGAAGUUCCAUACGGUGUUUUAUUAUCUGGUGGUCUAGAUUCUUCCUUGAUUGCUGCCAUUGCAUCUCGUGAAACUGAAAAGGCUAACAAAGAAUUAAACGUCGAUGAUUAUGAUGCUGAAGGUGCUAAGAACUUGGCCGGUAUGGAUGAUCAAGGUAACUUACACGCUGGUGGCUGGUCCCGUCUGCAUUCUUUCGCCAUUGGUCUACCAAACGCUCCAGAUUUGCAAGCUGCUAGAAAAGUCGCCAAAUUCAUUGGUUCCGUUCAUCACGAACAUACUUUCACUUUACAAGAAGGUUUAGAUGCCUUAGAUGAUUGUAUUUACCAUUUGGAAACUUAUGAUGUUACUACUAUUAGAGCCUCCACCCCAAUGUUCUUACUAUCAAGAAAGAUUAAAGCUCAAGGUGUUAAGAUGGUUCUAUCCGGUGAAGGUUCCGAUGAAAUCUUUGGUGGUUAUCUAUAUUUCGCUCAAGCUCCAUCUGCUGCUGAAUUCCAUAUUGAAUCUGUUAAGCGUGUUAAGAACUUACAUUUAGCUGAUUGUUUAAGAGCUAACAAGUCUACUAUGGCUUGGGGUCUAGAAGCUCGUGUUCCAUUCUUGGACAGAGAUUUCUUGGACUUAUGUAUGAACAUUGACCCUAAGGAAAAGAUGAUCAACCAAAAGGAAGGUCGUAUCGAAAAGUACAUUCUAAGAAAGGCCUUCGAUACAUCUGAUGAACCAGAUGCUAAACCAUACUUACCAGAAGAAAUCUUAUGGAGACAAAAGGAACAAUUUUCCGAUGGUGUUGGUUACUCUUGGAUCGAUGGUCUAAAGGAUACCGCUGAAAAGGUUAUUUCCGAUGAAAUGUUCGCUAAUCCAAAACCUCACUGGGGUAACGAUAUUCCAACCACUAAGGAAGCUUACUGGUACAGAUUGAAGUUCGAUGCUCUAUAUCCACAAGCUACUGCUGCUUCUACCGUUAUGAGAUGGAUUCCAAAGGCCGACUGGGGUUGUGCUGAAGAUCCAUCUGGUAGAUACGCCCAAAUCCACGAACAACACGUACAAGCUUAA